GUUUGCAAGUUAUUUACCCACUGACAAUCUCGUCUACGUAUGUAGCAUGUGCUUAAUCCUCCCUUUUCUUUGAGUUAUUUUCUAAAAGUGUUUUUUUAAUCCAUAUUUUAUCUAGUUUCCUGAUCUUCUGACCAUUUUAUAUGCUCAAGCUCGUAUUCCUUAUUGUUGCUAGUCCCUUGACGUUAGCAUUUAUCCAUGAGUUUCUGUGAAGAUGUCAUUUAGGCUGGAACUUGUUUUUAGUUAGGCCUUCAAAGUUUUCGAGACAGAAAGGUUUUUGCAGAUCGGGUUCAACAAUCAAUAAAGUCGGUUCCCGCGGAUUUCAAGAUGGAGUCUUCGGAUACGGGAACCGUGUGUUGGAUUUCUCCUGUAGAGAAUAAACCAAUCAAAGUUACAAAAUGGAAAGUAAAGAAAGGAUCAAAGAUUGGGAAAGGAGGGCUUCUUUGCUUGUAUGAAACGGAUGACAAGAAAAAUUUGAAAUUGAAAUCAAACAUGGUUGGAACCGUUUUGGAACUGAAAGACGAGUAUACUCCUGGAAGUGACGGUCUGGUGAAGAUGGAGUCAUGCACUCAUCCUACAGUGAUGAAGGAUAUGUGUGCUGAUUGUGGGGCUGACUUGAGAAAGGAAGCAGGAAUUGCUGGUAAUAGAAAGGAACCUGUCAGUGCUUCAGUUGCCAUGGUGCACAACAUUCCAGAACUUAUCAUCAGUGAAAAGCAAGCCUUGGAACUAGGGAAGAUGGAUGAGGACAGACUGUUAAGGACCAGGAAGCUUGUUUUACUGGUGGAUCUGGAUCAGACUUUGAUUCACACCACCAACGACAACAUCCCUCCAAACCUUAAGGAUGUGUACCAUUUCCAACUUAGUCAUGGGAAUAUGAUGCCAUGGUACCAUACCCGUAUUCGUCCAAGGACAGAAAAAUUCUUGGAAAAUGUUUCCAAACUGUAUGAGCUACACAUCUGUACAUUUGGGUCUCGUAUGUAUGCCCACAUCAUCGCCAAAUUCCUGGAUCCAGAUGGCAAAUACUUCUCGCACAGAAUUCUAUCUAGAGAUGAAUGCUUCAACCAAAACUCCAAAAUGGCCAAUCUAAAAGCUCUGUUUCCAUGUGGCGAUUCCAUGGUGUGUAUCAUAGAUGAUCGAGAAGAUGUCUGGAAUUUCUCACCAAACUUAAUCCACGUAAAGCCCUACCGUUUCUUCCAAGGCACUGCAGACAUCAACGCUCCACCGGGAUUAGAUAAAACGGAGCAUGACAAAGAACCUCUCACUCACAAAGUACACGUUGUCUCGAGAUCAAACAGCAAGGAGGAUAAAACUGAGGUGGAAAAGAUGGAGGGGAGUGAAGAGCAGAAACCAGAGGCAGCAAUAAAUGAAACCACACAAAAUGAUAGUAAGAGGGAAGAGGAGAGUGCAAAGGAGACUGAAGAGGUAAAUGGAAAGGAGGACAGUAAAGAAGAAACCAAAGAUAGUUCUAAUAUUCCAGAAGAUAGUGAGGAGAAAAAAGAUUCAAAUGAAACUAAGGAUAAAAUCAAAGAAGAUGAGCAAUCUGAGAAACCAUGCUCCAAAAGAAAGGAGGAAAAUGACAAUGAUGAUAAAGGGGUUGAAAAAUCUGAUUCAGAGAAAGAUAAGAAAGAUGGAGAGAAUGAAAUUAAAAGUGAUAAAGAAAAAGAGGGAGCCAACACAGAGGAUUCAAAGAAAGAGGAAGUGGAAAUUGAAUGGGAUGAUGAUGAUGACUAUUUACUUUACCUGGAGGAUAUUUUGGGCACAGUUCACAAGGCAUUUUAUGAUAUGUAUGAUCAGCUGAAAUCGAAAGGGGAGGAUGCUGAAAAACCUGACAUGAAAAAUAUCUUACCAUAUGUUAAAAGAAAAGUGCUGAAAGGAACAAACCUGUUAUUUAGCGGCGUGUUCCCCAUGAAUGUACCUUUGGAGAAAAGUCGAGCCUAUCAUGUAGCUAAAAUGCUAGGUGCAAAUGUUCAUUCAGACUUUGUUGCCCGUGCAAAAGAUGGUUCAAAUAAAUCAGAAUAUACAACUCAUGUGGUGGCAGCUAGACAAGGGACAAUCAAGGUCAAAUUGGCUCAGAAACAUAAACAUGUGAAAUUAGUGAAUCCCCAAUGGCUUUGGACUUGCGCAGAAAGACUUCAGCAUGUGGAUGAAAGGCUUUAUCCACUAAAUGAUUCCACUUCAGGUAAUCUUUACUGUGAAAGUCCAGAUACUGUACGCCUAAAUAGGAAACGUAAAAAUGAAGAGGAAUCGGAAACUGGUAAAAGACAAAGACAGAAUGAAGAUGAAGAAAAAUCGGCAGCUGAAGAAGAAAUGGAAGUUUCAGACAUCCAGAAAAAUGAAGCAGGAAAGUCUGAGGAGGGACCAUCUGCUGCUAAAAUUGGAUCUAAUCGCUUUUCUACCACAUAUAAUCCUAUGUUGGCAUUCUCAGAUGAGGACUUGGAAUGCAUGGACAAAGAAGUAGAGGAUUUCAUGGAUGAAGAAGGAGAUGAAUCUGAGGAAGAUGACAUAGACAGGAACGAAAGAAUCCGUCUGUCUGUUCUAAGCAGUGGAGAUGAUGAUAAUGAUGGCAGCAGCGAAGACAGCAUGUCGGGAGAGUUCCCCAGAGGCUGGAAUCUCAAAAAGAGGCUCCGUUCCUCAAAGUCUGCAGAAAGUAGUUCUGAUAAUGAAGAGCAAAAAGAUCGGAGGGAUGAGGAAAGUGAAAAUGAACUUGAGAAAUAUGAAAAAACAAUGGAAGCAUUUGCUCCAGAUACUGAAUCAGAAACACAAGAUUCUUUUGCCGAGUCCAUAGGGUCUGUGGAUGAUGAAAUGGCCGAAGCCGUAGAAAGAGAAUUUCUUGCAAAUUAAUAUUUUUGUUAUUAUUGUUAGAUAUUAAAAUAUUUUUUAUGACUAAUUGAAUUGAUUGUUGAUUAGUAUGAAAACAAAUUGCUUACCCACUUACAGUGUUUGAAGUGAUUGAACCAUCAGGAUUUAGGAG